AAUUCCCCCCCGCCCCUUUCACUUCCUCCUUCGUCCCCUCCCCUUUCCCUUCCCCUCCCCCGCCCGGCCCGGGUUGUAAACAUCAAACCCGAAGAGUCAACACUACACUUCUGCGGGGUUAACAUGUCUAUGAAGAAUAAAAUACCGCAAUGGCAGAAUGUUUUGGACAGUCUAACCAAAAAGUCGAAGGAAUGGAAUCUUUUCUCAGGGGUGGAUAGAAAAAGUGAAAUUAGUAUUGUCCAAUCCUUCCUCAAGAACGAUUCUCUAGGGUCUUACUUGAAUGAAUGGAUAGAACUCUGUUUGAGUAAUGGCUCAACGAAGUCUCAAGAUGAAUCCACAGCUUUGCGAACGAAAGGAAAUGAGGCAUUCAAGAAACAUCUCGAUACCAUGAGCCUUAUGUUGUACACUGAUUCUAUUCGAUAUGCCCCUUAUGGUAGUGCAGAGUAUGCCCUUGCACUGGCCAACCGUUCAGCUGUUCUCUACCACUUGAAAAAAUUUAAAGAAUGUGUGAAAGAUGCGGAGAAAGCUUUAACGUUGCCAUACCCUGAAAGAUUAAAAUAUAAACUUCUGUUGCGUCUAGCUCGCAGCUACCUGUCCCUUAAUGAUUCUGAAAAUUGUGAAGUCUUCCUUCAGCGCUGUAAAGAAGAAAUAUCUCAAAGUACCAGUGGGAAUUCCUUGGAGGAGUGUAAUUCAAUACAAGCAGAACUUGAUGAAUUGCUGAAUGGAGAGUCUAAUAAAACAGAGACAGGGACUGUACAAGAUGUGCUUCCCUCUUUGUUGAAGGGACCAAGUUCACACUUUCCAUUUGCAUCCUCUGCUCUUGAGCUCAAGUAUUCAGAAAGCAAAGGUCGAUAUGUUGUGACAAAUCAAGAUAUCAGGCAGGGUGACAUUUUAUUUGUGGAAAAGCCAUAUGCUUUUGUUGUUUUACCAGAUCAAUACAAAAUUCACUGUCAUCAUUGCUCAAGAACAUUAGUAGCACCAGUACCAUGCAAGAACUGCAUUGAUGCUCUUUUCUGUGAUGAAACCUGUGAGGAGGCUUCCUAUUCAAGCUACCACCGUUGGGAAUGUGGGGCAAUUGAUUUAAUGUCAUCUGUUGGUGUUGCCCAUCUGGGAUUAAGAAUAGUUCUCACAACAGGUUUGCCUGACAAAAUUUUAGACAGGUCACAGUCAGCUGCCCACCUCAUUCAUUCCAGUACUGGAAUUUUUGGAAACCUUGAGGACUCUUAUUCAACAGUUUAUUCACUUCUCCCUCAUGUAGAAGAUAUGUCACAGGAGGACUUAUUUCAAUACACUGCUACUGCUGAAUUACUCACCCUAUAUCUGAUGAAAAAGACUAACUAUUUCAAUGAUGAAGAUAAAUUAGCAGGAAGAGGAAGUGGAGUUGUGGCUCAAGUUUGUGCUUUACUUCUGCGGCACAUAGCACAGCUGGUUUGCAAUGCUCAUGCUAUAACCAAAUUAGAUUCCGAUAGAACUUCUGCUAAAAUGUCUGUGGACAACUGUAAUACUGUAGUGUCAGAAAGUCAGCAGCGCAUUGCCACAGCCAUAUACCCGUCUGCCAGCAUGAUGAAUCAUUCUUGCAACCCUAAUAUUAUCAACAGUUUCUUCAAUGAAAUGCUGAUUGUGAAAGCAAGUAGGAAUAUUCCAAAAGGAGAAGAAGUUUUCAACUGUUAUGGGCCUCACUUUCAACGGAUGGGAACAGCUGAACGACAGGCAGCCCUUCAAGCUCAAUACUUUUUCCAUUGUAGUUGCUCAGCUUGUACAAGUAAUCCAGGUGAAUCCUUUGAUCCUGUUCAGGAGCGUCUUUGGGCUCUCCGAUGUUCAUCUUGCAGUGGACCUCUGAUAAAUGAAGCUCCUGGUCGAGAGCCUGCUGGUAGUAAAGUUGCUCUGAGUGACCUGUCGAAUUCUCACAUCAUGGUGUGUGAUACCUGCGGAUCUCAUCAGCCCAUCAGUGAUCUGGUUCGAGAUUCUUUCUCUGCUCUCAGUCUGUUUAGAGAAGGCUGCCAGCUGAUGGAUGAUGGUCACAUGCAAGAUGCUUUGAAUAUUUUGAACCGUUGUCAACAAUUACAAGAGCGAGCUCUGUACAGGAGCAACAAAGACCUUACGGCAACCUAUGAUAUGUUGGCAAAAUGUUAUGCUACGUUAGGGCACUAUAGCAAGAGUUUGAAUUAUUUGGAGAUCAUGUUGCCAGCUAUAGAGGAACAAUAUGGAGCUGACAGCAUUGAAAUAGCUAAUGAACUUCAGAAACUAUCUGAUGUAAUGAUGUGCAAUAUUCGAACAAUGGAAACAACUCCUCCAAGAGAUGUUUUAGAAAAAGCAUCAAAUGUGGUGGAGAGAGCACUCUCUAUAACAUCCGUCCAUUAUGGUAAAUGGAAUCAAGGAUGGCAAGAUCUAGAUAAGAAGAGGCUAGAGCUCAAACUAAUGAAUGAAAUGGCUAAUGUGCAAGGUACUAUGAAACACAAAAUGAAAUUUUGAACUACUAACUAAAACUGUCAAAACAAAUUUUGGGUCCUUUUGAAUGAUAUUGUUUCCUCUUCUACCACAUGCUGUCUGAGGGAGGGAUUAAGAAUAAAAUACAUCCAUUAAUGAAUUA